AUGGAAACAUUAGCUGGAGUGUUAAAUGCUCUCAUAAAUACUACAAUAAACAAGGAUAACGAAGAAAACUUAAUGAAUGUUAAACUUAUUGCAGGAGUUUUGAAGUUCAAUUAUGCGAAGGAGUUUAAGAUAACACGAAUGAGUCAUAGAGUUCAAUUGCUUCUGGGAGCAUACCAUAUGACAUUUCCUUUGAAAAGUGUUGACAAAACGAUUGAGAUGAAAUCUGUUCCAUACGUAUGUUAUGGCAAUUGUUUGUACAUUGAGUCUAAAAUAGCUAAUGUCACAGGCAUUUCAGGAGUUAAUAGUAAAGGUUCAGUAGAAUAUAAGUCUUUCUGUUAUGAAGUAAAUUCAAUGUUCAUUCCAAACGUUCCUGUCAUAGCAACUCAUUUAGGUAAAUGGGUUCGCAUAAGCCCUCACAAUUUGAAAGACAUGCAAUUCAGACUAGUUGACUUUCAAGGCGAGCCUGUAGUACUGAAGGCACCAGUGCGAAUGACUGUUGAAGUUGACUUUUUAGAAAAUAUUAAAUGCAACAGCUUACAAGAGAACUCAGAGCUAAAAAUAUAA